AUGUACAGUGCUCCCUCUUGCGAUGAAGUUGCUGCUUUGAUUGUUGGAGAUUUUGAUUCGUCUGACCAUGGUCGUGACAUUAUUAUUCGAUCUACUGGUGGUCGGUUGCAACGUAUAUAUGAAACUCAUGCUCUGUAUUGGCCCUUACAGUAUCCUCUGUUGUUUCCAUAUGGCGAGGAUGGUUAUCAUCUGAACAUUGGUUAUCGUGGUCAACAGCUCGGAUAUGUUCCUGGAAGGAGAACAAGAGUUUUCCUCAGGGAAUUCAUAUGUUUUCGUCUCCAGAUUAGGGAGCACGAAGAUGGAAUUAUUCACAAGUCUAGGCGGUUGUUUCAACAAUUUUUUGUUGAUUGUUUCACGAUGAUUGAGUCGCAGAGGUUGUAUGAGAUUAGAAUGAAGCAAAGUACAAUUAGAGGAGAAGUCCUUCAAGGAAUAGAGGAGGCUAUGCGUCGUGGCGAUGAUGAGGCUUCUUCAAUUGGGACACGAAUCAUUUUGCCUUCCUCCUUCACUGGUGGUAGACGUUAUAUGUUUAACCGUUGUCAGGAUGCCAUGGCGAUUUGCAAACAUUUUGGGUAUCCAGAUUUGUUCCUCACUAUUACGUGUAAUCCAAAUUGGCCUGAGUUUCAGCGGUUCACGGAGCGGGAGCGAAUUCCGAUCGCUGAUCGUCCUGAUAUCUCUUGUCGUGUCUUUCAUGCCAAGUUGAAGUGCCUCCUUAGUGAUCUCAAGGAAGGUGUGUUUUUUGGUCCACUUAAUGCAGGUAUGUAUACGAUUGAAUUCCAAAAAAGGGGUCUACCGCAUGCACACAUGCUACUGUGGCUUAAUGCGGAAAGCAACUUACAAAGUGUUGAAAUUGUUGAUGAAUUCAUCUGUGCCGAGCUACCCAAUCCCCAGAAAUUUCCAUCUCUUUAUAAUGUUGUCACCAAGUACAUGAUCCAUGGUCCCUGUGGUCCACUUAGACCGAGUUCUCCUUGCAUGAAAGAUGGUAAGUGCUCAAAAUUUUAUCCGAAAAAAUUCGUUGACCAAACGAGCUUUGAUGAAGAUGGCUAUCCAAUAUAUAGACGUCGUAAUAUGGGUGUCACAGUGAAGAUCAAUGAUGUCGAUAUCGACAAUAGAUUUGGUCCGGAUCGGGUGACCGCAACUGUUGGAGAGAUUGUUGGUGAAUCUUCUCAGGUGGUUGAUGAGAUCAAACAGUAUUAUGAUUGUCGUUAUUUGUCACCGUCUGAAUCCAUAUUUGUUGACGAUGUUUACGGUUGGAUGAUGGCCAACAGGCGGUUCUCGGAGGGGCGGUCUCUAACAUAUGUUGAAUAUCCAAGCAAAUUUAGAGGUUGUACUAGCUUUCAAAGUAUAAGAACCGUGAAUGGUGUUACAUAUGAUACAUUUCAAGAGGCAUGUUCCGCCAUUGGAUUCUUGAUAGAUGAUAAAGAGUAUGUUUCUGCUAUUAAGGAAGUCGCCGAGUUAGCGUUGGCUGCGCAGCUAAGGAGGCUUUUAUCUUACUAUGAGUCAAGACGAGUUACAGACGUUUUGUUUGUUGGAGAUGAGAGACUAUUGCAGAGUAAUGGAAAAUCAUUGAGAAAUUAUGCUGAUCUCUUAAAGUUAAAUGAAGAACAGAGGGUGGUCUACGAUAAAUUAUUGACUGUGUUUCGAAUAAGAAGGGUUCUUUUUUGUGUACGGGUUUGGUGGCACUGGAAAAACUUUUUUAUACGAGUUUUGUCAGCUAGAUUGCGAUCUGAGAAAAAGAUUGUUAUCAAUGUUGCUUCUAGUGGUAUUGCUUCUCUAUUGUUACCUGGUGGUAAGACGGCUCAUUCUAUGUUCAAUAUUCCUGUUGAUCUGACUGAAGACACUGUUUGCCGGAUUAAGAAGGACAGUCCAAAAGCUGAGGUAUUUCGGUUGGCCGAUUUGAUUAUUUGGGAUGAGGCACCGAUGACUAACAAAUUAGCAUUUGAAGCGCUUGAUAGGACGUUGCGUGAUAUAAUAGUUUCAGUCUCUGAUAGGAAUAAAGAUUUACCUUUUGGUGGGAAGGUGGUCGUUCUGGGUGGUGAUUUCAGGCAGGUGUUGCCAGUUAUUCCAAAAGGUUCGCGUGCUGAGAUUGUCAUGGCUUCCAUAAAUUCUUCUAUCAUUUGGAAAUAUUGCGAAGUUUUGCGAUUGACAAAAAAUAUGAGGUUAGCAACCGGAUCGGAACAAUCAACUGCUCAGGAGUUAAGGUCGUUUUCAGAUUGGAUACUUCAAAUCGGUGAAGGUCGAUGUGGAGCAGUGGUCAAUGAUAAACUUUUUGUUGAUAUUCCUUCUGAUCUAAUCAUUCCUGUCUUGGAAAAUCCAGUGGAAGAUAUUGUAAAUACAAUCUAUCCGAAUUUGGUUCAGAAUUUUUGUGAUCCAAGUUUUUUCCAAGAUAGGGCAAUACUUGCUCCGACUGUCGAAAAUGUUGAAGAGAUAAACAAUUAUAUAGUUGACUUGUUGCCCGGUGAGGAGAAAAAUUACCUCAGUGCUGAUUCGAUAUGUGGUAGUGAUGCUUAUUCUGAUGUUGAUGUUGAUUGGAUAACUAUUGAAUUCUUGAAUCAGAUUUUGUGUUCUGGUCUACCUAAUCAUUUGUUGAAGUUGAAAAUAGGCGUGCCUAUUAUUUUGUUGAGGAAUAUUGAUCCGGCUGGGGGUUUGUGUAAUGGGACUCGACUUGUCGUGCGAGAUCUAGGGACAAAUGUGAUUGGUGCUGAUAUUGUUUCUGGUAGCAAUGUUGGGGAUAAAGUUUUUAUCACUAGAAUGAAUAUGAUUCCUAGUGAUACGGUUAUACCGUUUAAAUUUCAACGUCAUCAAUUUCCGGUUUAUCUGUCGUUUGCAAUGACAAUCAACAAAAGCCAGGGUCAGACAUUAUCAACAGUCGGUUUGUUCUUGCGUCGUCCUGUGUUUUCUCACGGUCAGCUUUAUGUAGCUCUUUCCCGAGUUAGGAAUAGAAAUGGUCUUAAGAUUUUACUUUGUGAUGAAGGAUUAUUUGAUGCUGCCAGGACUGAAAACGUUGUAUUUAAGGAAGUUUUUGAUAAGAUAUAA